GAAUUUCUUAAAUUUCAUAUCUCUGUGGUAUAGUGAUGUUUAUGCAAUUGUAAGUUUUUUCUUUCUCCAUGGCAUAAUUGAGAAGAAAAGAGCUUUACGAUACCAAUUAUGUUUUUCCCUUAGAAUAAAACCAAAGUGGCUAAUUGAUGCAGGCUUGGACCAGUGGUAGACCAGGUAAACACUGGUUAUAUGUUCAGACUGGAGGCCAGGAAUUCUUUGUCACAUUAGUAAAGAUGCAAUUACAUCUUUACUGUAGUUGCAAUUUGACUAUAGUUUUAGUUUUUCUACACUAAUCUGAAUUUGAUUCUCAUUUCUGAGGUCACCCAGGGUGAGUCAGAUCUGGUCAAGCCAAAAUAAGCUCUUGAAUUGUUCCUAAAAUGAUGGAAAAUAUGAGUCAAUUCAGAGAGUUGUUAAGCAUGUAGAAGCAGUCAUGGGCAUAAAACAACCACAAAGCUGCAGACGGUGCAGUGGGAGAGAAGGUCCACCCAAUGAGUCAAAGUUGAAUGUAACUGGAUUUCAGGGCUUGUCUUUUAGCAGAGCUGGUGAAUAGCUAAAAGAGAGGGAGAGUGAGAUAAUUAACAAUAUGGAAAUAAGCAGGGGACUUCAAAACUCUGAAAGCAGGUGAUGAGACCCUGACAUGUCUUACACGGAGAGGAAGCUGGAAGCAGCGAUGCAGCUGUGAAGAGUCAGGGCACAGAAGGUCUAAAUGCCUCCGGCUGCAGAGCUCUUAGUGACACGUGGGUUACAAAUGGCCUUGCUCAGGACUCAUUGAUAGCCUGCAUUUUUCACCAUGCAUAUCAUGAAACAAACUCUGCUAUGUAUGAAAGAAAAUGCUCUGGAUGUCCCGAGCUAGAGGAAGAAGAUGAAGGGAGUGGGACUAUUAUCAAGGGGCGUGAGAGAAAAGUACUUGAAUGCUGAUCACGGAACAGGGAGAAUGUUCGCAGAAGAAAGCGGCUAUCCUGCACUACCAGCCACAUCACCAGGGCAACAUGGCAUUCGCAGGCAAAUACGAAUUUGAAAGCGAUGAGAACUACGAUGACUUUGUGAAGGCAAUUGGUCUCCCCAGUGAGAAGGUUGAGAUGGGAAGGAAUUGCAAAAUAGUCACUGAGGUGGUGCAGAAUGGAAAUGACUUCACCUGGACACAGCAUUUCCCAGGAGGUCGCACCACGACUAACACAUUCACUAUUGGCAAGGAAGCAGACAUGGAGACAAUGGGUGGUAAAAAGUUCAAGGCAACUGUUAAAAUGGAAGGGGGAAAAGUAGUAGCUGAUUUUCCCAACUAUCAUCACACUGCAGAGAUUGCUGGAGGAAAACUAGUGGAGGGACGUUUUUUGCUGAAUGUCUGUGUUGAAGGAGUUCAGACGCUAGCAGCAAUCAGAAGAGCAACAAGGAGCAUUUCCAAAACUUCAACUUUGAAAACUAUUGACUACCAUUAUGCAGAUUUAGGUCUGCUGUUGGACUUAAUCUGCCUCAACUCCAACCACAAUACAAAGGCACUAACACAAACUGGGGAAGUCAGUGGACAAUUCACAUUUAAAAUAGAGUUACCAGAAGAAAGACUGAAUUUACAACCGCGUUCUAUAUGGCUUUUCAGUUUUCUUAGGUAAGAUUGCACCUGGCCCCAAGAACUGAUUAUUCCAGCUCAUGUAUCCUACCUUGUCUGUUUCUUCAGUCAUCUCCUCAGCCCACUUGGUACUUCCUUACAUACACUAACACUUCAGACUUGGAAUAACACCUCACUUUCUGUGCAGCGACCAAGUUCCCGAUCUAUCCAAUCCUUCCAACUUAUUGUUUGACAAGGCCCUUCCACCACGUUUGUCCUACCACUGUUCUGUAAAACAUUAUGAGAGUUCAGAUCAAUUAUUUUUAAGGUAUAGACGUGUAUUCUUUGUUAGCUCUUAAAAGCUCAAGAGAAAACACUAAAAAAAUGGAGGGCAUUUCAGGUAUAUGCUUGUUUAUUGGAAGCUUUCACUGAAAACUUUGCAAGUAUUUUCACAAUUAGGCAUGAUGGAAGUCCAAAAUAUAACAGCACACAUGACCUGAAUUAGAAAGGUGGUAAAGCAAAGAAAACACAUACAACAGUACUGCCACAUAUAUGUUGUUCGUUAAUGACAAAUUGUAACAAAAAAUGCAUUACAGUCUUCUAAAAAUAAAGCUUAAUAUAAAUACAAAUCCAACAGAAUGGAAGAUGAACCAAGUUCUCGAAGCUUCUAGAGCCAUUUCUGAAGAGUACUGCUUCUCCAUUUACGGUUGUUUUUUU